AUGAGUGAUGAAAAAUACAGAACUGACGAACCACUCACCAUCAUAUUUCCUCUAGAUCUUUGGUUGAAAAUUGCAAUACAUUUAGAUUUACCAGCACUGAAUGCUCUUUCUCAAUGUCACUCUCAUCUCUUUAAUUUCAUCAUGUGCCGAAAUUUGCAGAAAGAAAAGACAUUGUUAUUUUCAUUGAAAUGUGUUUUCAUUGAUAGGGAAAAACAGCAAGAAGAUGAGAUUUUUCAAUGCGUUCAACAAUAUUUGUGGAAACCAUUGUUGAUCUAUUAUUUCCCACUCUUCAACAAGGAUCUUAAUGUGAAGAAUCACAUGCUUGUAUUGAAGAGAAGAGUCAAGUAUAUUUCCACAAAAAAACCAUACCAAAAUGGUAAAAUCAUGUAUUUUCAAAAUCAUUAUGGUCAAAUGGUGAGCAAGUUUCCCGAAGCACUUGUCAUGGAUAACGAUUUCGUUCACAAUGCAAAGCAAUCGGGACUCGUUAAGGAUGAAAUCUCGGAUGGAUUUAUUGAGAAUUGUGAGUGGAUUUAUAAAUGUCCCUUAAAUGCAAGUGAAUUUGCGAACAAAUUUCAACUCAGCGCCAAAUGCGAUGUCUGUCACAAGAUGGUUUACCGAGUCACCACUGUGCAAGACUUUAUGUUUCAUACGGACCAAGGACAUUGUGUUUCUUUCAAUACAUCGCUUAGUAAACGACCACGAGGAGGUUGUAUCAUUUAUUGA